CCUGCUUUCAGUCACGUGACUCACGGGCGUCCGCGUGACCUCUGCGUACACGCGCAGCUCAGAGCUAUGGCUCAAAACAGGGCAAAAGGAGAUGAAUUUAUUAAUAAAGAGCCCGAAGAGCAGAAAGCGGCCGCGGAGAGUAUGCAGAAGGAGGAGGACUUCGGCUACAGCUUAUACCCCGAGCGCGGCGGCAGCAGCAAGUUCAAGUCGGGCUCUAUCGGAGAGAGUCUCUUCACCUUUAAACACAAGUGUCAGAUCAUGCUGCAGUUCGCCAUGGACACUAGUCCUUACGCUAAACUCCUGCUGGGCGCCAUGAAGAGCUCGGGCUGUGCAGUUUAUAAAGACAGACACUUCUCGUGCGAGGACUGUGACGGGACGGUCAGCGGCGGCUUCGAUGCUGCCACCUCUCAGAUCGUCUUAUGCCAGAACAACAUCCAUCAGCAGGCUCACAUGAACCGUGUGGUGACCCACGAGCUCAUCCACGCCUUCGAUCACUGCAGGGCCAGAGUCGACUGGUUUAACAACUUCAGACACCUGGCCUGUUCAGAGAUCCGAGCCGCCAAUCUGAGCGGAGACUGUUCAUUCGCUAAUGAGGUUUCCAGAUUUAACUUCGGCCUGAAAGAGCACCACCAGGCGUGUGUCCGCGGUCGAGCGCUGCGCUCCAUCCUCGCCGUUCGCAAGGUGAGCCGCGAGGAGGCGGAGCAAGUGGUUGACGAGGUGUUUGACAGCUGUUUCCAUGACCACGCCCCCUUCGGCCGCAUCCCCCACAGCAAGAAGGACGCUAAAUACGCCUACAGGGAUUACGAGAACCGAGAACGAUACCACACCAACCUCUGACGCAAGACAGAAAUAUAAUACACUGUGCUCUUCAUUCGUGUUCAGGAAGAAUUAGAAAACCACGUACUGGCCUUUUUCAUCACUAAACAUUUGACAGCACCAUUUACGUUGUUCUUUAUCUGAGCAUCAGGUUGAAAUGGAGGAGACUAUUUAUUGAUGGAUCGCCGAUCAAAUCCGUGUCUUUGUAUAUGAUUGUACAGGUUUUUAUGAGUUAUGGCAAACAUUCAGUGUUCAUGGAGCCUCGGGUUUCUAUAAUAAAUCUGAGUUCUGCACAAAACUGAAAACCAAUAAAUGUUAUUUUACAAGUG